AUGGCCACGAAAGUCCUCCCGUUCAAGAAAGCCCUCUGGUUCUCCGAAGCCGAGUACGCCCAGCGCCGCCAGAAUGCGCUCGACCUCAUGAAGCGCGAGAACCUGGACGGCUUCCUCAUGACAAAACAAGAGUCGCUCUACUACUUCACCGGAUUCGACACAUUCGGCUACGUCUUCUUCCAGGCCAUGUACUUCCACAGCGACGGAUCCAUGAAACUCAUCACCCGGAUCCCCGAUCUCCGCCAGGCGCUAUUCACAUCCAUCCUCGAGCAGAAAGACGUCCUGAUCCGCUCCGACGACGCAGGCAGCAACCCAGUCUCGCUUGUCCCAAAGGUGCUUCAGGACUUCGGAAUCAAUGACCCGAGUAAGCGAAUCGGGUACGAACCGGAUUCAUGCUCCCUCACCCACCGACUGGGCAAGGCACUCGAAGAAGCCGUUAAUGGAGUCUGCACACUCGUAGACCACAGCGACCUCUUCACGCGAGAACUGCGGAUCAUAAAAUCCGAAGCUGAAAUGCGCAAGGUCCGUAAAGCCGCGUACCUGGCUGACUUUGCGCUCGUGCGCACCCUCAAGCUCGCAAAGCCCGGGGCAUAUGAAGGCGACCUGUGGCGCGAGAUCACAGGGACCGUGUAUGAAGGCGGGGGCGACGAUCCGGCAAAUGAGAACAUUCUUGUCUCGGGGAACAAGGCCGUUCUUACGCGGUACUCUGCAGGAAAGGACCAGAUCGAGCGGCAGUUAACGGCCGAGCAUGCGGCGGUGUAUAAACACUACCAUGCGUGUCUGAUGCGGACGAUCCCGAUUGGGGGCGUGACGAAGCUGGCUCGGCGGAUGCACGAGGUGAAUGUGCUGCAGAUGAAGGCUGCCAUGGAGGCAUUGAAACCAGGGAAACCCAUUGGGGAUGUGUUCGAGGCGUACGCGCGAGUUGCGGACGAGAAUGGCUUCCGGGAUCAGAGGUUCAAUUCGUGCGGAUACUCGCUUGGAGCGACGUUUGCGCCGACGUGGAUGGAUUUCCCGAUGUUUGUGCGUGGGCAGAGCGUGAUUGCAAAGAAGGGGAUGGUGUUCUUUAUCCAUAUCAUUCUGAUGGACAAGGCUACUGAUACAGCGAGUUCGGUGGGACAGACGGUGGAGGUUACGGAUGAUGGCUGCGUGAGUCUGUCGAAGCUGCCGUUUUGCCUGACGCGGAAGCAGACUCUUGCUGCUUGGAAGAAGAUCAAGAAGGAGGAAUACAGAUUCAGCAGCGACGAGGAAGACGAGGGCGAGAAUAUCCGAGAUAUCGAGCUGUCUGACGGGGACGAGAAUGCGGACGACUACGAGGUCGAGUAUGACUUUAGCCAGUACCAGUCUGCGGCCUCUCUUGGUGAUCCCACGCAGGCAUAA